GGUCAGAAAGUCACGAGUAUGGGCUGAGCCUGCAGCUGCAGUUGCAGUAUGGCCUCGGAGAGGGAUGUACGCGCACAGCUGCAGCAGGCGGGCCAGGAUCACCUCUUACGCUUCUGGGCGGACCUGGCUCCAGAGCCUCGAGCCGCGCUGUUAGCGGAGCUCGCCUCCUUGGAGGCCGACGCGCUGCGUGAGCACUGCCAGCGCGCCUCCGCUGCAGGCGCGCUAGCCCCGGGUCCUCUGCCGGACCUGGCGGCGCGCCUGCAGCCCCUGCCCCCAGAACGCGUGGGCAGCGCGAUCCGCUGCGACCAAGAGACACGCUUGCGGUGGGAAGAGGAAGGUUUCCGACAGAUUGCUCUGAACAAGGUGGCUGUCCUGCUGCUGGCCGGUGGGCAGGGCACUCGCCUGGGCGUCACCUACCCCAAGGGCAUGUAUCAAGUUGGGCUGCCCAGCCAGAAGACCCUGUACCAACUGCAAGCAGAGCGUAUCCGGCGUGUUCAACAGUUGGCUGGCCAGCGACUGGGGACCCAUUGCACCGUGCCCUGGUACAUCAUGACCAGUGAGUUUACACUGGGACCCACAAUCAAGUUCUUCAAGGAGCAUGACUUCUUCCACCUAGACCCCACUAAUGUGGUGCUGUUCGAGCAGCGCAUGCUACCUGCUGUGACCUUUGAGGGCAAGGCCAUCCUGGAACGGAAAGACAAAGUUGCCAUGGCCCCAGACGGCAACGGGGGCUUGUACUGUGCACUGGCUGACCAUCAGAUCCUGGAGGACAUGAAGCAGCGGGGCGUGGAGUUUGUGCAUGUGUACUGUGUAGACAACAUCUUGGUGCGGCUGGCUGACCCAGUCUUCAUUGGUUUCUGUGUGCUUCGGGGAGCAGACUGUGGUGCCAAGGUGGUGGAGAAAGCGUACCCUGAGGAGCCAGUGGGUGUGGUGUGUCAGGUGGACGGUGUCCCCCAGGUGGUGGAAUACAGCGAGAUCAGCCCUGAGAUUGCUAGGCAGCGUGGUGCUGAUGGGGGCUUGCUCUACAACACAGGCAACAUCUGCAACCAUUUUUUCACCAGAGGCUUCCUGGAUAUGGUGACCAGGGAGUUUGAGCCCUUGCUGAAGCUGCAUGUGGCCGUGAAGAAGGUCCCAUACGUGGAUGAGGAGGGAAAUCUGGUAAAGCCGCUAAGACCGAACGGGAUAAAGAUGGAGAAGUUUGUGUUUGAUGUGUUCCAGUUUGCUAAGAACUUUGUUGCCUUUGAAGUAUGUCGGGAGGAGGAGUUCUCCCCUCUGAAGAACGCUGACACAGCUGACAGAGACAACCCCUCCACCUCCAGGCGAGCCUUGCUGGCUCAGCACUACCGCUGGGCUCUGCAGGCUGGAGCCCACUUCCUGGAUGUACACGGGGUCCAGCUUCCAGAGCAGUCUGGCUUGCUCCCAAAUGGAGACCCUCCCGCCAUCUGUGAGAUAUCGCCCUUGGUGUCUUACUCUGGAGAGGGGUUGGAAAUGUACCUGCAGGGCCGAAAACUCCAGUCUCCAUUCAUUCUGGAUGAGGACCAAGCCAUGCUGCUGCAGCCACAGGAGUGCUAACCUGCUUGCUCCCAGGCUGUCUGGCCAUGGGGUUCUAUAGGGUGGUGAUACAGCUCUGGGUGGGGUUCUGCGUGGACAUGCUAGCCUGCAGGACACCGAAGAAAGCGUGCUACUUGACUUUGAAAGUUAGGACCUCUUGGCCCCCCCACCCCCCAUGGA